AUUGAUCUUAAUCUAUAAAUCAUUCAUUUAAAAAUACAAAUUCAUGGCAGUUAGUUUUCUAUUUAUAAAAAUGUUUACUCUCUGAGUGGUUGCAUGGUGACAAAUUGUAAACUGGAACCGAAAGUUUUUUUCUUUAUUUAUGGGAGCUAGGUCUCGUGACAAGUUGCAUGAGUUCGAGUGUAAUGUCAAGUUGUUUUGUUUGGUACCUUAUCCUGUCAAACUUGUAAGAAUGCAAUUGCUUGAGACAAAAUCAUCUGCAAUUUCAUCAUCAGCUGAAUACAUCAGCUUCAGAAGUAGCAUUCCCCAAAAAAAGAUAAUUGUUGAUGAAGAUUCUAGCAAAAUAUGGACAUUAUAUGAUGCUGGACCUCGCAAUGUAACCUGUCCUUUGAUUUGUUUACCUCCUGUGAGUGGAACUGCAGAUGUGUUUUUUCAUCAACUUAUGGCUUUAUCAGCAAAAGGAUAUAGAGUUAUUACAGUACAAUAUCCUGUAUACUGGACAAUGAAAGAAUGGGUCACUGGUUUUAGCAAAUUACUGGAUCAUCUGAAUUUGGACAAAGUUCAUUUAUUUGGAGCUUCUCUUGGUGGUUUUUUAGCACAAAAGUUUGCUGAAGCUACUUCACACACACACACAGUUCAUUCUAUUAUUUUAUGCAAUAGUUUCACCGAUACAUCAAUUUUUAAUUUCACAGACACAGCAGUAUUGUUCUGGAUGUUUCCGUCAGUUGUUUUAAAAAGAAUGGUAAUGGGAAAUUUUUCUAAAGGUUACUUAGAAGCACCCAUUGCAGAUUCCAUAGAUUUUAUGGUUGAAAAGCUGGAAAGUUUAUCUCAGCCAGAACUUGCAUCCCGUUUGACUCUCACAUGCAUGAACUGCUAUGUUGAACCACAGAAACUUCGAGAUAUACCUAUCACAAUAAUAGAUGUUUUUGAUGAUAAUGCAUUAAGCAUUUCAGCACGUGAAGAGUUAUAUAAAUUUUAUCCUGAUGCUAAACGUGCUCACCUCAAAAAGGGUGGAAAUUUUCCUUAUUUAAGUUACAGUGAGGAAGUUAAUUUACAUAUACAGAUUCAUCUUAGGCCAUUUGAACCCAAAUACUCUGCAUGUGAUGAACCAUUAUGUCUAACCUUCCUUAGAUAUUGGAUUUCAUGAAAAUUUGUGACGUUUUACAGCCUGUUUCCACUAUAUGCCCUUUGAAACUAUAUGUGCUUACAAACUGUAUUUGUUCUAAGAGUGGCAUAAUUAUCAAUACAUAAAUGAUUUUUUACUGUGAUAGUUUUGAUGUAAAAUAAAUUUAUUUUAUAAAA